UUCUGCUUCCUCGCCUCCGAAAAUGGUCUUCAGUACGAUUCACCACGGAAUUAUCGUGGCUACCGUCGCAGUGUUCCUUAUCGUUUCGCGGAUGUCCAGUUGACUACGAUAACAACAUCGACGCAUGGCGUGGACGUCCACACUCGUCGAUUCUCCAUGCCUCGUCUUCAGCCAAUGGCAGUGGAUGGCACAAUCGAGGCCAAACCAGCCUCCUCCUACUUCGCCAACGACGCCGACGUGGACAUCGCGAAGGUGGCCGUGGCGCGCGCCGUGGACGACCAGCUCUCGCGACUCAAGGACCUGCUCGACGAGUACUUCGCCGAGACCGCGUCCACCGCGAGUCUCAGCAAACGCGCGGUUCGACUCCUGAGGCUGGGCAAAUGAGCGCUGAUUGGUUAUUUUGCACUUUCAACUCACUGCUCCUGAUUACAUUGUUGCAAUUUAAUAUAAUUUCGAAAAAUGCGCGCCUUGUUCUUAUUGGUUGGUUCUGGAAGUUGAUAUCUGGCGGUCAACGAAAUCGGAACCUUUCUCACAUUUAUAGCCAUAUUAACUAG